AUGGCACAUGCUGAUACCGUCGAACACGCGGGUGUUGUACCUGUGAAGCGCGUUUGGUACCGAACAACACUUUUCAAUGCCUGUGUGAUUGGUUUCGUUGGCUUCCUGGCUCCGGGGUUGUGGAAUGCUAUGAACGCAUUGGGAGCUGGAGGUGAAGAGAAGCCUUAUCUGGUCAAUGCUGCUAAUGCGCUGGUGUUUGGUUUGAUGGGAAUCUUUUGUUUGUUUGGAGCCCCGAUCGCGAACCGCAUUGGUCUCAAAUGGGCUUUGGUUCUUGGUGCCACUGGAUAUCCUUUGUACUCGGCUGGCCUGUAUACCAAUAACCGAUUUGGAAAUGUCUGGUUCGUGCUUGUGGGUUCUGCAGCAUGUGGUAUUUCCGCAGGUCUAUACUGGGCUACGGAAGGUGCCAUCGCUAUUGGAUACCCGGAGCCUGGCAAGCGUGCUCGGUACCUUAACAUUUGGGUGAUUUGGUCGAUGAUGGGACCUAUUGUUGGAAAUUCGAUUGUGUUGGGCCUCAACUUCACCACCGAUGGAUCGGGUAGUGUCGGGUACACUACCUACAUUGUCUUCAUUGCGCUGCAAUGUCUGGCUGUUUUCGUCGCUCUUCUUCUAUCACCUCCGGAGAAGGUGCAACGCAGUGAUGGAUCCGCCAUCAUUGUCCGUCCAGAGGUAUCUUGGAAGGAGGAAUUCAAGGCCCUAUGGCGCUGCUGCAAGAACCGCAACGUCAUUCUGUUGUUGCCCAUCUUCUGGGCGAUCUACUUCAACGAGUACUCGGGUAACUUCAAGACAUACUACUUCAGUGUCCGCGCGCGCGCACUGAUUGCCCUCUUGACCGACUUCGUCGCGGUGCUUGCUUCACAGAGUCUAGCGCUAUGGCUGGACUGGAAGAAGUUCGACCGCAAGACCCGUAUCAAAUACGGAUGGUACUGGGUUAUUCUGGUGCAUGUCGUCACCUGGAUCUAUGCUUGGGUCAUCCAGUCGCAAUACACCGCCAACCCGCCAUUCUUUGACAUCCACACCCCUGGUUUCACCAAGGGUGCCUUCACUCUGUUCCUCUGGCAAUUCUCCCAGCAGACGGGUGAGAACUGGCUCUACUACAUGGUCGGUGAAAUGACGGACAAUAUGGCGGAGCUCACUCGGUUGACGGGUAUUCUACGUGGCCAAAUGAGCUUUGGCGAGGCUGUUUCAUAUGGCCUCAACACUCACAAAUGGUUUGGUGGUCGUGCCCCGAUGGCGGUCAACACCAUUCUUCUAGGUCUUUGUGUGAUUCCGACCUGGAUUGUCGUUCACACCUUUGUCCCAGGCUAUGAAGAUGAGUCUGAUCAGCCGACCAAGUUGGAAAUCAUUGUCAAUGACAAAGAGAAAACAGCCCACGAGAUCGGUCAAAUCUCUACUCCUGGCGAGCAGUAA